UCUGCAGCUAUGGCGGCAAUCAGGAAAAAGCUGGUUAUAGUGGGAGAUGGUGCAUGCGGUAAGACCUGCCUGCUGAUUGUCUUCAGCAAGGACCAGUUUCCUGAGGUCUACGUGCCUACUGUGUUCGAGAACUACGUGGCAGAUAUCGAAGUGGACUGUAAACAGGUGGAGUUAGCCCUGUGGGACACAGCAGGUCAAGAAGACUACGACCGACUACGACCUCUCUCGUAUCCAGACACUGAUGUCAUUCUUAUGUGCUUCUCCAUCGACAGUCCUGACAGUCUUGAGAAUAUCCCAGAGAAGUGGACCCCAGAAGUGAAACACUUCUGCCCCAACGUGCCCAUUAUCUUGGUGGGUAACAAAAAGGACCUGCGCAAUGAUGAGCAUACCCGCAGGGAGCUUGCCAAAAUGAAGCAGGAACCGGUGAAGCAGGAGGAUGGACGGGACAUGGCCAACAGGAUCGGUGCCUUUGGAUACAUGGAGUGCUCAGCCAAAACAAAGGAUGGCGUGAGGGAAGUCUUUGAGAUGGCCACCAGGGCAGCACUACAGGCCCGGCGAGGAAAGAAGAGCAAUAAAUGCACCCUCCUGUAA